CAUUCUAAGUUUAGUGCUACCAGAUAUGAUUCCGAACACUAAUUAAACAUAUACAGCAAAUUCCUGUAUCAAAGUAAGAUUAAUCUUUCGUUAGAAUGUUUAACAAUACGUAAAAAUAAAUAUUCUUUAAGAAAGCAAUAGUUAAUCUAUUUAUUAAUAUUAUAUUUUGCACAAUAUUAAUUUUAGGUAAGAUAUAUCCACGUUUUGUGGAUUAUUAAAUUUUUAUAUAACCUCAAAGAUUAUUUAUAGAGUAGCUGAAAGUGAUUAAUACUAAAUAAAUAUUUUAAAAAAUCAUAUUAAAACGUUAUCGUCUUUCAGAUAAAAAGUACAAUAUUGAAAUUAUCCACAUUAUAUAGACCUUUCGCUUGUCCUCGUAUUCAAAGCCUAACAUCACCUGUGAUCUAUCAAAAUUAACUAAAAAUGAGUAAUGUUUUCAACUCUCUGUGGAAGCAAUUUAAGACCCUAUUUAUCGUUCAUGUUUUGAUGGGAUAUAUAUUUGUUGUUUCCGGAUUAAUAGUAUGUGGUCUAAUGCUGCUCUGUUAUCUAACAAUUUGGCCAUGGAAUAAAUGCCUUUAUAGGAAAAUAGUUGUUAGGCUAGCUUACUUACACUGGUCGCAAUUUACAUUCUUGGCUCAAUGGUGGUCUGGAUCUAAUGCCACUGUACAUUUAGAAAAUGUGGAUGAUUUACAAUAUAUUGGUCAAGAACACAAUAUUACCAUGAUGAAUCACAAGUACGACAUCGAUUGGUUAAUGGCAUGGGUACUUAGCGAAAGGCUCCAAAUGCUUGGUGGAACAAAAAUUUAUGGAAAGUCUUCUCUUAAGCUCGUUCCUCUAAUUGGCUGGGCAUGGACUUUUACCGAAAGUAUUUUCUUGAAGAGAGAAUGGGACAAGGACAAAGAGAUUAUUAAGAGAGACCUGUCCUUUUUAAGAGAAUAUCCUGAUAAUUAUUGGGUUACUUUACUACUUUUUUGCGAAGGAACGAGAUUUACAGAAGAAAAGUUGAUAAAAAGCAAUGAAAUUGCUAGAAAAAAAGGUUUGAAAGAAUUGAAACAUCAUUUACUUCCAAGAACAAAAGGAUUUGUAUUAAGUAUGCACGGAGUUAAAGAAAAAUUUUCCAGUAUUCUUGACUUAACCAUUGGAUUUCGAAGCGAUGGAGCUCAACCUACAUUAAUGAACGUAAUUUGCGGUAGACCAGUUAAAGCAGAAUUAUACGUUAGGAGAAUACCAUUGUCACAAAUACCUACUGAUAAUGAUGAAAAUUGCUCUGAUUGGGUUCAUAAGCUCUUCCAGGAAAAGGACGAAAUUUAUGAUAGUUUUGUUAAGGAAGGUGAAUAUAAAAUUGGUACAAAACGAGAAAUUCCAAAAAGACCACACGACUUGAUAACUUAUUUAUGUUGGGCUGUUCUCCUCUUAACACCACUUUUUUAUUACAUUGGAGCUAUUUUUAUCAAUGGUUCUUUACUUAUCAAAAUAAUUUUUCUACUCAUAAUCUCUCUCGCUACAAUCGGUGUUAGGUUGAUGAUUAUGGUUACCGAAAUAAAACAAGGAUCUAAAUACGGAACAAGGGAAACUGUCAACAACAAUUCAAAGAAGAUAGAUUAA